CCUCGCCUCCGCUGCUCGUCACACAGAGCUAGCUGAUCAGGAACACACAGCAGCGUGCGUGAGGGAGCUCUUGCUCUGAGCAAGCUUGCAUUGGUGUGUGAGGAUGGCGAAGGACAUCGAGGCCGCGGCGGCGCCGGAGGGCGGGGAGUACACGGCCAAGGACUACAGCGACCCGCCGCCGGCGCCGCUGAUCGACGCGGAGGAGCUGACCAAGUGGUCGCUGUACCGCGCGGUGAUCGCCGAGUUCGUGGCGACGCUGCUCUUCCUCUACAUCACGGUGGCCACGGUGAUCGGGUACAAGCACCAGACGGACGCGGCGGCGUCGGGCCCCGACGCGGCGUGCGGCGGCGUGGGCGUCCUCGGCAUCGCCUGGGCCUUCGGCGGCAUGAUCUUCAUCCUCGUCUACUGCACCGCGGGGGUGUCGGGGGGCCACAUCAACCCGGCCGUCACGCUGGGCCUGUUCCUGGCGCGCAAGGUGUCGCUGGUGCGCGCGCUGCUCUACAUCAUCGCGCAGUGCCUGGGCGCCAUCUGCGGCGUCGGGCUCGUCAAGGGCUUCCAGAGCGCCUACUUCGUGCGCUACGGCGGCGGCGCCAACGAGCUCAGCGACGGCUACUCCAAGGGCACGGGGCUCGCCGCCGAGAUCAUCGGCACCUUCGUGCUCGUCUACACCGUCUUCUCCGCCACCGACCCCAAGCGCAACGCCCGCGACUCACACGUCCCAGUGCUCGCUCCUCUUCCCAUCGGGUUCGCCGUGUUCAUGGUCCACCUGGCCACGAUCCCCAUCACCGGCACCGGCAUCAACCCAGCCAGGAGCUUUGGCGCCGCCGUGAUCUACAACAACGACAAGGCCUGGGAUGACCACUGGAUCUUCUGGGUGGGCCCAUUCAUCGGCGCCGCCAUCGCCGCCGCGUACCACCAGUACGUCCUCCGGGCCAGCGCCGCCAAGCUCGGCUCGUCCGCCUCCUUCAGCCGCUAGAUCGACGGCCACUCCCGCCGGACCUCCGGAGGCGUGACCUGUAGAUAUGUGAGCGGCCGGCCGCCUCCACUGCACAUCAUCUCCUGAAUCCUGCGUGCGUCGUCGGUGGUUGCUUUUCUGCUAGUGAUCAUGCAUGCUUCUAUUACGAUCCGCGUGCCUACAGUAUUUUCCCAGUCCCCCGCGUCUGCUUGCGUUUUUUGUUCCAAGCUAGUGUGAUUGUGCUGUUCUACAUAUCUAUCUAUCAGUGUACGAGAACUUGGCAAAAUGAAAAAGAAAAGAAAAGAAAACGUGUUUGCAUGUAAA